AUGCCUCGGAUGAGUACACCUCCACCAUGGCUCAGAGAUCAACUCACUGCCCAUUCAGAUAAGCUAAAUGCUUUCUCUGAUCGUCUUAGCAUUUUGUCUGACCAUGUGACUGAGGCUCAAAUAAAGGCAUCAAACCAAGACUCAAUGGGUCCAAAUGAGUUUAUAAAGCCCUCUUCAAAUCCAGCUGAUAAACCUUCUACGUGCAAUGCCUCCAAUUCUAAAACUAACCCAAGUCGAUCAUCUGCAAUAACACAUUCACAUGACAACUUCAAGUCUAAGCAGUACGCGACAGUUCGGCCACUAAACUGCCAGCAGUUACCGUCAUUAAAUGCUGGAGAGAGUGCCAUUUCUCAAGAUCAGAGUGGUUGGAAGAUGGAUUUUGCAACCAUUAACAAGGGACUUACACACCAAUUUGAUCAAGACUUAUACAGUGAUGAAGAAUUGGAAACUAUAAAAAAAGGCAGCCACAUGUCGGUUCUUUCACCAAACGAUAUCCUAGAAAAUAGUCUGGAUGCUUUGGCAACACCUGAGAAUGAAACCGGUCAUGAGGAGCCAUUUCCAGUGUUCAGGACAGAUAUUUGUCGGCGGAAAAACAGUGCCACUCAAAUGAACGGAGAUUUUGAAAAACCAAGAGAGAGGGAAAAACACGGUGAGCCACGUAAAAGAUGCUCAUGUCAGGGAAUAAGUCAGACCAAUAACCUGUCCCAUGAUGGCACUUCAAAAACCACCAUUCCAAAUAUCUCUCGGCCUGAUACACUGGAUCUCAGCCCGCCCACCCACAACUCUGAUUCUCCAUCACAGGAAGACUCGCAAACGUCUCCCCUCUCCCCUUAUUUAACUAAGAGAUACAGCAGAAAGAAGGCAGGUGGGUUUUCUGAAUGUGAGAACAAUUGUUGUAAACCAAGGCAACCAUCAUCUUCAUCGUCAUCAGCAUCAGCAAGCCAUUACAGCAACACGAUGGGUUCUCGUCAUAAAUCCAGAAAAGAUGAAAAAGACGGCCAUAAAGGCAAGAAAUCGGCCAAGAAUUCCAAUUAUUACUCUCCAGAAGAUCCCCAUCCAUCUUCAUACCUGGCCUUUUUGGCCCCAUUUCAGCAGACAGAGCUCCACCACCCCGGUUCGAAAAAAUUGCCAGUCUGUGCCUAUGGUUAUUCAAAGUCCCACGAUGCCGAAAUCCGUCACAGUAAGAUUUACCAUAAUGGAUUGGAGCACAGUAGACAGAAUUUACCGUUUCUCUUCAACAAGAAAACUCUGCCAGAUGUUUAUUUGGCAUGCAGUGAAUGGCGUAAAAAUGUCAUGAGUGCAUGUGCUAUAGAUGGAGAGGCAAUGACCACCGAGCUGAAAAAACUAUGUAGCAUCUCGUCUGAUUCUAGCUAUGAAAGCAUUAAAGCAGAACACUCAGGUAGUAAGGACGAUGGCUAUUCGACAAUGUCCAGUGACAUGCAGCCAGAGAUACUUGAAAGAUUCAGUGAUUCAGCCAUGAUGAAACGUUUGAGUGGACGUAACAGCAUUGAGCUGAACGUCGACUGCUGUGGGAAAAUAGUGCCUCACGUGAACAAAUCUAAUAAUGUUGCUCCAUCUCGGAAUAACCGUGCCAGCAGCUCUCCGACCGACUCCGAGCACAGCUCAGACUUGAAUGGUGCCAGUGAAAAUUUUAACUCGCAAGAGUUUUUUACUUCUUCAACUAUCAUCUCCAACAACCGCCAAAGUUUGGCAGCUAGGAAGCAGAGGGAGGGAAGGUUUCACAAUACCAACCUAAAUAGCCAUAAUGGAGGAGCUACUGAUAACUGUACACACACUUUCCCAAAAUUUUGUUGCCCUUCAAAACGAAAGAGUCUCUUAGAAGCAUCGACCUCAUCAUCGUCGUCUUCAUUUCACCAAUCAACAAAGUCUUUACAUUGCUGUUCAGGUUAUUUUCCUGACACUAAUUCAUUAGAAAGUUCAUCAAGAUCUCCUUUCCUGAUGUCUGAUGCCAACAAUACAAACGGCUGUGACAAAACUGCUAGAAAGUUGCGUCAAUCUUCAGAUAUGGCCGACUGCAAGAAGGUGCCUUCAUACAGUCGCUUCACAUUCCCAUCAUCUCAGAGAUUCCAAGCAUCCAUGAUAAAGAGGGCCAAAUCCGAUUCUCAUCUUUUUGUCAAGAAUAGUUCCAAAUCAAUUACAUCUCUGAGAGAUUCUUUGUUUUUUGGUAAUUUAGAUAGCAGCAUCAGUGAUUGCACCAUUUCUUUGUCAGACCUCAGUCCAAGCCGUUCUUCCCAGUCACCAUUACCAUUGACUGGCUCUUUAAGACGUUCACCAUGGCAGCCAUUGGUCAAUGUUGACCAGCAGGACACUAACUUGAGCAUGCAAUCAAAAUGGCUUCAGAAAAAAUUUAUUUUGAAGGCCGAACAUUCUCCUUACAACGAAAAUAAACUGCACCACACUUUGGGAAGCAACCAAUCACAUACACCAGCUGUCGACCACACCCUGAGUGCCUGUCAUACAAGGAACACUAACAAAAACGUCCCUAACCCCUAUUCCUUUCUAUGGUUCACAUGCUUUUACCUCCUCCCCUCGCUCAUUCUCUCCUUAUCUCACCCACUGCCAACUUUUUUCAUAUAUUUCUCCUUCAAAAAUUCUUUUGAAAACUGCCCUACCCCAAAGAUAACAAGGGCUGAUCUGCUUGAUGCCAUGAUUGAUGUGUCUCCACCCAAUGGUAGUGAUGACAGCAGUAACGAUGACAGGAUGUCAGUGUCUAAGUUCAAGAACAAGAAAGAACUGGAUUUAUGCAUUCGCUUUCUUUCUUCCUUUUCUUUUCUUUUCUUUCUUUCUUUUUUCUCUUUUUUCUUUCUUUUUUCUUUCUUUUUUCUCUUUUUUCUUUCUUUUUUCUCUUUUUUCUUUCUUUUUCUCUUUUUUCUCUUUCUUUUUCUCUUUUUUCUUUCUUUUUCUCUUUUUUCUUUCUUUUUCUCUUUUUUCUUUCUUUUUCUCUUUUUUUCUUUCUUUUUCUCUUUUUUUCUUUCUUUUUCUCUUUUUUCUUUCUUUUUUUCUUUCUUUUCUAUUUUUUCUUUUUGCUUUCUUUUUCUAUUUUUUCUUUCUUUUUUUCUUUCUUUUUCUAUUUUUUCUUUCUUUUUCUAUUUUUUCUUUCUUUUUUUCUUUCUUUUUCUAUUUUUUCUUUCUUUUUUUUCUUUUUCUAUUUUUCUUUCUUUUCUAUUUUUUCUUUCUUUUCUAUUUUUUCUUUCUUUUUUUCUUUCUUUUUCUAUUUUUUCUUUCUUUUUUUCUUUCUUUUUCUAUUUUUUCUUUCUUUUUUCUUUCUUUUUCUAUUUUUUCUUUCUUUUUUUUUCUAUUUUUUCUUUUUUCUUUCUUUUUCUUUUUUCUUUCUUCUCUUUCUUUUUUCUUUCUCUCUUUCUUUUCUUUUUUCUUUUCUUUCUUUUUUCUUUCUUUCUUUCUUUCUUUUUUUUCAAGAAUUGA